AUGAACGGAGAGUACGACCGUCUAAAUACUUUGGGAUGGAAAGAAAAUCCCAAGAAAAACGCCAGUAUUUUUGCCAUUCUUUUCUACCGGUGGGUUGGGGAGAUUGUUGCCAUCGGCAACAAGUGCCCCAUUGAAAUCGAUGAUCUUUUCCCUUUACUGAGCGAGGACAAAACUGAAACUUCAGCUGAAAACCUCCAACGGACAUGGAGCGAAGAGAAGGCAAAAGGUGUGGCUGUGACAGACAGAAGAGGUUAUCGACUGUUCAGAGCUCUUAUCCAAAUGUUUCCUUGGACUUACCACCUGUUUGUUGCGAGCGCUGCUUUGUUAGCCGGCGUUUGCAAUGUCCUUCAGUGCGUGUUUUUGAGUUUGUUGUUAGCGCAGUUUGUGAAGUCUUCCUCCUCUGGUCGCUGGCUGAUGUACGUCUAUGCUGCUGGCAUUUGUCUUAGUUCACUGGUGCGCGCCAUUGCUACCCACCAAUGGGUAUUUCAUGCUUAUUUAAUAGCUCUUCGGUGGAAAUCAGGAACUGUCGCAGUUAUCUAUAAAAAGGUGAGAAAAUGCAUGCGGCAAAUUGUCUAAGCUCUAAUCGACUGAGGGUAAUAAUACAACCAAACACACACUUGUUUUCUGGUCAAUUACCAAUUCAAGUCUCAUAUGAAAUGAGUAGCAACAUUCCACCUACGUCGAAAAAAUAGACAAAAUGGCGGGCGGAUCUCCCUGAAGGCCUUGCGUGUCCCUUUCCCCAUGCAAUGAAGCCGAUUAAUGAGGGGAGGGGAUAGACUGCACGCACCCUUUCCUCGAAUAAAAGCCGUCCCUCGAUUAAUCGUCCCCCUUUAAUGGAAAUAUUCAAAAUAAUCGCCUCCCUCUAACAAUCGCCUUCCCUCGAACAAUCGCCCCCUUUUAAUACGAAAAUAGAAACAAUAGCCCAAGGCUAUUAUUCGAGGAAAUACCUUAUACCAAGUAUGGCCGGCAACUGCGCUCUAACAAUGAAGUCUGGAAUAUCCAGUUUCUUAUGCCAAGCCAGUCUGAGCGUAUUUUUAGAUGGAUCCCGUCAACGAGUCCCUACUUACGACCCCAGCGCGUGAGAAAUGUGAGAGUGAGAAAUAUCAACUUUCAAAGUUUUUUAAAGAGCGGAAGUUUGAAUAAUUAGAUUGUAUUCGUGCAUGCUCCAUCGGUAACUAUUACAAUUAUUACAUUUAAGCAACAGAAAACGUUUUCCGUGUUUGCAUAGCCUGAUAUAAACACGAGAGGGGUUGCGAGACAGUUAUGCAAACCCGAGACGAAGUCGAGUGUUUGCAUAACUUUCGAGAAUUCUCCCAACGCCUCGAGUGUUUAUAUCAGGCUAAGCAAACACAGGAAAAAAGUUUUCUAUUGCUUUUAUGAAAUCACUUUCCCGAGAAAAAACGCAAAACUUUUUGUAUGGCACUGAUUAAAAGAGAAAUUCUUACCAGUCGCAAAGUCUUGUCCACGAAGUCUUGUUCUUGUUUUGCAAAAAGAUGCUUUCCAAAAUACGGAUUUUUCUCGCUUAAAAUGUCAGCUUAAGCGUAGAAAAAUUGACACACCUUCUUUGUAAAGAUUUACCAAGUUUCAGCCGACGAAGGAAUGGGUAAAUAAAUAAAAGAUGUCGAGUUUUGAACUCGAAAUUUUUUUCAAAUUCUUGCUUGCGUGAUUAGCGCGCGAAAAGCAAAACAUCUUGACGCCACAACCAUGUUUACAUACUCACAUGCAAACACUCCUCUCGGCCAAUCAGAGCGCGCGUACUAUCUUAGUUAUUUUAUAAAUCUUUUUAAUUCAUCAUAUCUCUGAAACGCAGGUCUUGAGUUUGAAUCAAGAGGAUUUAUUAAAUGUGACAAGUGGCUGGAUCAUUAACCUUGUCGCUGGUGACCUGCAACGUUUUGAACUUUCCGCAUUGAGCAUAUUUCUCCUACCUCAAGCCGUAUUAGAAGUGUGUAGUAUCUCUUGUCUAAUGGUGUACUUCUUUGGGUGGAAGCCUGUGUCAGGGGUAGCUUUUAUGGUCAGUCUUGCGUUAUAUUACGGAAUAGCUGGACAAAUCAGCUUAAGACUGCGAACGAAAAUUUCUCAUGUGGCGGAUCAACGCGUGGAUAUGAUGAAUUCCAUCAUUUCUGGAAUUCGUGCCGUCAAGAUGUAUGCUUGGGAGGGAUCGUUCAUGGAAAAAGUCAAACGGAUUCGAAGGUAUAUUACAAAGACAUAAUUAACUAUUGAGACCCAUUCACAGUUUUUUUUUUCAAGUUCUGACAAAGACCAGUAUGCGAAUAUCCAUCGACACUACUGGACAGAGGUCAUUUAUAAUUAUAUAAGGUAUUUGUAUGGUAGGGAGCGCUUACUUGCCCUCUCCCCCCUCACCCACCAUACAAUUGUCACUGUAAAUUACGCGACUUUGCGGUGCUGUAUCUUCGUUAGUUUAAAACAAAGUGACUUUCAAACUUGGAACUUUACCUAUUUUUAAGCGUUGCUGAUCGAUGCUCGUUAACUAAUCUCAGUCAAAAGUUGAAAAAACCGUGGAAAGAUCUUUUCCAAAUUUAUUAACCAAAUAUAUUUCUUCCAAAUUGGGUAAGCAUAUUGGACCCGUCAUUUCGCACAAGGCUACAUCGAUGCCAAAAUCAUCACAUCCAGCUAUUUCGAGAAAGGUCGUCGGAAAAAAUGUGCACGUGACAAUCCCGAAAGGUAAUAUAUAAUAUAGGAUAUGAUAAAUACACUGUUCAUGAUACUGUACAGUAGUUGUCGAACCUACUUUUGAUGCGUUCCUUUAGCAAUCGCAAACAUUCGUUCAUGCCCUUUGUUUCAUGCCAUUCUUUCUUUGAGGAACGGUACACUAAAAACCACCAACAAUACCUUUCGGGAUUGUCGCGUGCUCUUUUUCUGACAACCUUUCUCGAAAUAGCUGUAAACUCUACUAGACUUGAAAUGAUACCUAGGCGACUUUUGUCCCCGCGUAACUCCCCCCUCUCUCCUUUCAUUGCUCUGUAUUCGUUUUCGUUAUGUCACCAAAGAUUUCAUUCCAAAAGGAGUCAUACCGGUGCGAUUUCAUUGCAGCUUGAUGUAUAGCGUGAUGUCCAGCAACAGGUAUCAUGUAAACGAACAAUAAAGAACUCAUUACAGUUUAGAUUCCACCCAGUCCCACUGGACUAGAACUAAUGGUGUAAGUGUAAUUUUAAUUUGUCAAUCCUCGGCGCCGGCGUCGUCAUAAUCCAUAGAGAUAUAUGGUACCUUUGCCUCCUUCACAAGCUUUCCUAAAGCUUAUUGGGAAGAGGGACUCAUAUUACCGGUGAUGGAGACAAGGCAGGGAGAGAGAGCUGAGAACAAGUGAGAAGCGCGUGAGGGGGAUGAUGGGAACGAGUGCAUAGGAGGCCUGGAUACGAAAGGGGUGCCUUUUCUGCUAAACAUAGUAUAUAAAAGGGUAAUUUAAGGAUUGGAACUCGGGGCGGAACCUCCUCGUAUAAAACUUUGUUGAGUACCCCUCCGGGUUCAAAAUACAUCACUAUUAAAUAACGCCCUCGGUCAAUUUUUGCAAAUUGUAAGGAUACCCGCUCACUAUGGUUUUUUUCCAGGACCGAAAUCAACCUCAUAAGAAUGAAAACGGUGAUACUGGCAACCUUCGCUUCUCUUUUUUUCUCCUGUCAAGUGAUUGCGACUUUCUUCUCACUGGUUACGCUGGCGGCUACUGGAACUGAACUGACUGUGUACAACACGUUUUUGAUUGUAUCCUUUGUCAACUCAUUAAGGACGACCAUUUCGUGGAAUAUUGCAAGGCCAAUUUAUUUAUUGGCCGACUUUGCCGCAGCGCUGGCUCGCAUCCAGAAGUUUCUCGAAUUUGAGAACAAGAACACACACAGAUACCUAAAAGAUUCCUUCGGCGAUGCGAUAAAUGUAAGAGAGGACUCUAGCAAGCGUUAUUACCCAUGUGUUGAUCACAUCAAUGAAAUAGCAACCCAGUCCAGCCAAGAUUUUGCUCUGUUACUGAAAAAUGUCGCAUGCAGUUGGACUGGCAAGUGGAAUAAGUUAACUUUGAAGUCCUUAAGUUUAUCUGUCAAAAAUGGUGAUCUUGUCCUUAUCACCGGUCCCGUUGGUUGCGGCAAGUCGUCCCUUCUGUACGCCAUUUUAAGGGAAACUUCUCUGUUUUCUGGCAGUGUAUCUUGUCACGGUAAAAUUGCCUGGGUUGGUCAACAGCCUUGGGUGUUCUCGGGUACCGUGCGAGAAAAUAUCUUGUUUGGUGAAAAAUUCGAUCCGCACUCGUACCGUGAGACGAUCGAGGCGUGUGAUUUAAUCAGAGACUUUCAAAGAUUCCCAGAUGGUGAUAUGACGCUCGUAGGAGAGCGUGGAAUAGUACUUAGUGGUGGUCAACGAGCUCGUGUUGAAUUGGCACGCGCAGUGUACUCCAAUGCUGAUAUAUAUCUUUUGGAUGAUCCUCUGAGCGCAGUUGAUGCAAAGGUUGGCCAGCAUAUUUUUCAAACAUGCGUCUGUGGAUUAUUGAGCAAAAGUACUCGGAUAAUGGUCACGCAUAAUCUUCAGGCUUUAAGAGAUGCCGAAGACAUUGUAAUACUGAAAGAAGGUACUCUUUCAGCAAGGGGCGAUGGUAUCUCGCUGUGGAAGUCCGACAUAGCCAUGAAUGAAAUAAAGAAGUGUACCGAUAGCAAGAAAAAUAUUCACAAAGCACAGGAAAGUACAUUACCUCCAAACACGUUGGGCGAUGAAACAACAGUGGACGGAGAAUCUGGUUUGGAAAAUGCCGAGGAAGAUCGUGCAGUGGGUUUUAUAUCUUGGAAGUUAUACUGGCAUUAUAUACGAGCUGGAACGUCUGCCAUUUCAGCUGCGGUCAUGUUCAUCUUUAUUCUUCUUGUCCAAGGUUAAGAGUUGAGUAUGAGUUCAGUUAUCCUAUAAGGCAACUUUCUCUCCAGGGCAUUUCCCUUAGAAAAUGGGUGGGGCGCUGUUACAGUGAUAUGGGCAUCCCCUUCUCAUAUUAUCUUAGUGAUUUGGGUUAGGGUUAGGGUUACAAGGGAUGCCCAUAUUACGUGGGUUUGGGGAAUGGGGAUGCCCAUGUCAUUGUGACAGCGCUCCUUUUGUAUGGGAAAAGUCCCGGGGACGACGCUGCCUGUAAGGAAGUAUCUUAAAUGAUGGCACCAGGGUAGAGGGCACUUUUCAUGAAAAUAAAGACAUAUAGAGUGUUUACCCAGGAACAGGGUGUGGCCUUAGGGCUUCUUAACCCUCUAUAUAGAGUUUUCUGAAGUCCAGGUGACAUCGAAGAAUAGGGUGCUACAUGCUGUAAAGUUUACAAACCAUCAUACUUCUUUUAGAGAUUUAAUCUCAUAGACUAUCAUACCGUUAGUCAAUAAAAGUAAGUAUAAGUUAAAAUAUAUCUAGCCAAUUUUUUGAAAUCGAACCUAGCGAAUUAAAAUUGCACCAAUUUGAGUGAGAAAAAAGCAAAAGGCAAGUCAAUUUUUGAAACCGAUAAGCUUAAAAGUCACACCAGCGAGGGAAAAAGAAAGGAGAAAAAGCGAGGAGGAAGAAAGGAGCCAGGAGAAGAGGAAAAAAAGCAAUGGUUGAACUCUUAGUUUUUAUAUUGGCUACUUUGGAGAUAGUUUUUGGACGAAAAACUGCUGAAGCUAUUGGUGGUGCCCUUUUCAAUAAUUCGGUUAGAUAUAUUUUCAAAACCCUGUAUUGGCCAGCGCCAUAAAAUAACGACGAGUAAGGGUAAACAAAGUUUAAAACUAAAAACUAAAAAGUUUUUAAAUCUACAUAUGUUCGUGCCAGAGCACUGAAAAAUGAUUGUAUCCUAUUGUUAUAUAGUCUGCUACACAGCCGUUUUUAGUGUCGUCACGCAACGCUCCUCCCUACUAAGUCCCCACUAAGUUAGUAGGGAGGAGCGUUGCGUGAAGACAGUAAAAAUGACUGUGUAGCAGACUAAUUGUUAUAAGGUAGUGAAGUGGGACUCGUUCCAGUCAAAAGAGAUAUUUUUCCUAGAUUAGAAAAUUAGCCAUACGCUAAACACAGUCUCUACCUUCUCAUUUUCCUUACUGUCAUGUCUGGUCAAGCGUGCUCGUAGACUCCGUCUAGGAACUGAGUCGUUAUUUGAAAUUUGAUCUAUUGGUUGUUGUGAUAGUAGUACGUGUAACGAAUAUAAUGGAUUCCACCUAUAAAUUAUCAGUUUAUUAAUAGAAACUAUGAAUGUACGCUUGAUCUGGCGCAAUUGGCGAUUGAAAGAAGAAAAGGACUUACUAACGCAUGAACCUGUCUUCUUUAUGUAUCGAUCAUAAAGCAUCCCUAGUUCUUCCCGACUGGUGGCUUCUUCAGUUGACCAGUAGAUCACGUGAUCCCCAGCGUCAAAGUCAAGACCUUUCAAUAUAUGGUUACCUGGUUGGUGCAGCUUUCUUACUAUCGACCAUCAGAGCGGCCACGUUCCUGAACGUGUUGAUUAACUCAUCGAUGAGCCUUCAUAACUUAAUGCUGUCAGUGGUAGUCAAAGCUCCGGUUUUGUUUUUUGACACCAAUCCAGUUGGACGAGUGUUGAACAGGUUUUCCAGAGAUAUUAACAUCAUGGAAGAAUUACUGCCAGAAGCAUUUCUGAUGGCCAUGCAGAUAAUUCUAUUCUGCAUUGGAGCAGUUACACUUCAAUCUGUGUUAAUCCCCUGGAUAAUACUGCCAGCAUUUCCGCUCAUGGUUAUCUUUGCUUUGAUUGGUCGAUAUUACCUCAAUCCAUCACGUGACUUGAGGCGCAUAGAGGGAGUAACUCGAAGUCCAGUGCUAUCGCAUUUUAGCAACUCUUUGGAGGGACUGGUGAGCAUUCGAAAUUACAACAAGGAAAACAUGACUAUAGGAGCUUUGUACAGGUUUGUGAUUAUAGAAGACCUUAAUUAAUUUCCACGACAAGGACUACGAGAUUUCUCAAUAAAACUAAGUGGUAUGCGCGCGUGCACCGGUGUCAUUUUGGCGGGAAAACAUGAUGAUCAGCGUUAUUCAUGUCGUAGUGGUGAAGCAAGGUAUGAAAUGUUAGAAGUUUUGUCAUUUUAGUUUUCCAGGUGUCUUCCUUUUUGAUAAUGCGCGAAAAAAAUGUGAAGUCAAAUCUCGUCCUCAUAGUGGCUCUCGUCCUCGAAUUUGGGUUAUAGCCGGUCCUUUUAGAAGACAGUUACUUGUCACAAGUGCCUUUAUCACCUUGAUACAUCCAUAUCUGUAAGGCCUGGGCCGGCAAUGGAAAAGCUGAGUAUCAUCUGAAGAAUUAUGGAGAUCGAGGAAGGUCUUAUCCGCUGAGGCCGUAAAGAUCAUACGAAAGCCGAGUUCAAUAGUUGUUUUAUUAUAAAUAAUUCUAGUUUAAAAACAAGCUAAAACAUGCUUAUCUCCAUCGAAGUUAAGUUCAUCUUCGAUAGUGCACGUUAAUCGGCAAGUUUAGGAGCGAAAGGGUUGUUCAGCUCUGCAAAUAUUCUCCAAAUAGCAGAUGUCACCCUUCGAAUUAUCUUCUUGCUGUUCUUGCUAUGUUUUUAGCCAAUAGUUCGCCUAUUCCACAGGAAAAAAUAAUGGAUUCCUAUUUUUGGAUAUUUUAGGGUGUUUAAAGAAUACCCAUAAAAAAGUGGAAAAGUGAGACAAGUCCCAACCUGGGAAUUCCCAACGAAGUUCCCUGAUUGGGACUUGUCUCACUCUUCCAAAUUUGGGAUUUUGUGGGUAUUCUUUAAAUACCCUAAAAUAUCCAAAACUGGGAAUCCGUUAUUUUUUCCUGUGUUCCUUCCCGGUGAAACGAGUGAUCGUGUCCGCCAUAUUUCGUUCUCACUACCAAAACAACUCAACCUCGACCCCAGGUCUUCUCGGUUAACGGUUCAGUAAUCUGUGAUAAUCAUCAGUUCAAUAUGGCAAAAUUCUUCCAAAUUUGGUCGACAAUAGCUGGUUAUGAUGAAUUAUGCGUGUGAUUUUAGCCAAUCAGAAACGGAGAAAUAUUUUGAAUGAAUAAUAAUAAGUUUUUCGGGCUUUAUAAAGAGAGUCGUGAGAAGUGACGCGUGACACGCUCACGGCUUCCCCCCUCGCUCGUGUGUUCUCUCGUGGCUACUCGCUACCCUUUAUACAAAUAGUGAGCUUGCUCGCAGGCUAACUUGACAUGAAAAAACUUAUUUUAGUGUAGCAAUAAUGAUUAGCAAACGAUAUCAGUAAAAAGGAAAGUUGGUCACGUGGCGUUUGCUCUAAACGUGAUUUGGUUGAAACUGGAGAUAAAGAAUAUGGAAAAUUCUCACUGGGGCUUAAAAGCACAAGUAUAUAUGAGCCGUGUUUUGGACGAAAAAAGGUAUAUCUCUUUCGGCUGGAGCAUCCCUUCAUCUUGUAGACCAUUAAAUGGGUACCCCGCGGGCUUUCAAUGAGAUCGAAAGAAAGAAAUUCUUUCCUAGAUUUCAUCAAAGCGAGUUGAUUGAUUAGUUUUUAUUUUGUUUGUUUAUCAUCAGAUACCAGGAUGACCACAAUCGAGCUAAUUUUGCCAUUUUUGCAAUAGCUAGAUGGCUAGGCAUACGUCUGGACAUGAUCUGCGUCAUCUUCGCGACAUUUGUCAUUUAUGUUGCAAUCAUUACUCGAUCUAAAGCAGGUAAAUUGAAACAACAAAUGGCCAAGUCAAAAUGUGCAAUAUUUAAUUUUAGGACUCACGGAUUUAACUUUAAAUCCUUGAGCCCCAAAAUUAAGCAUUGCACAUUUUGGAACGAAGGAUUUUUGUAGCCAUAUCUUGCGCGAUUUAUUUUGUGGGUGUUUUUUGCUAGUCACACCUUAACUGGAACGUGAUUUCACCAUAAUCGUUAGGCAUAAAGUUUGUUCCUUAGCUCCAUCUUGUUAUUCUCCCUGAUGAAGCUUGGGGUGUAAAACCGGUCGAAGAAAUAAAAAAAAGGUAACAACAUGCUCACCUUGCUUCGUGCUGCUCACUAGUGUUCAAUUAAAAAAUAUAUAUCAUUAAAAAUAUUUAAAAAUGCAAUAAAUUGUACACCUGAGCUCACGAUACAGUCAUGUGACAGUGGUCAGCGGAUACCCUAUUUUGACAGCUGUCAAUUGACCAUAACAUGUAGGUCCAAUAUCAAGGUAAACAGAGGUUGUAUAUGCGUUGGACUCCAAGCUAGUAAGUUUGACAUUUCACACGCGCUAACACGAAAAGACAGACGUAAGGACAGACAAACGGAUGACUUUUUCGCAAUCAAAAUUUCUUGAAUGCAUAGAUAACCAAAAUCUAGUAUCCAUAGUGCUCCACUGUGCACGCUCUGCUGUAAAUUGCGACUAGAAAUGUAGUUUUUGUUUCGUUUUUGCUAGGGAUUGCAGCAUUAUCCAUUGUAUACGCCCUGCAGCUUGCUGUUGACACGUCUCAGUAUGCCGUUAGGAUGUGGUCACAAGCUGAAAGUUACAUGACGUCCGUGGAGCGUGUCGUCAAGUACAGUCAAGCAGAACAAGAGCCUGGGUACCAGAAUCAUCGACAGCCUCCAGAACAUUGGCCCCAGUACGGUCAAUUACAAUUAAAAAAUGUGGAACUUGUUUACUACCACGGCGGACCCAAAAUACUUAAAGGUAUCACUUUUACUAUUAAUCCACAAGAGAAGAUCGGAAUUGUUGGUCGCACUGGAGCUGGCAAGACUUCAUUGAUUGCAGCCCUGUUUCGUAUGCCUCAACCAACUGGUUACGUCAUCAUCGAUGACGUCAAUGUCGGUGAUGUAAACAUUCAAAGUUCUCGCCAAGCCAUAGCGGUUAUUACCCAGAAUCCAGUGUUGUUUACCGGUACACUGAGAAUGAAUUUGGAUCCUUUUGAGGAACACGAAGACAAGGAAAUCUGGAAUGCCUUAGAGGAUGCGAGUUUGGAAGCCAUGGUGAAAAAGCUUCCGAUGCAACUGAACCAGCUGGUGAAAGAAAGCGGAAGUAAUUUCAGUACCGGAGAAAGGCAACUUUUGUGUCUGGCCCGUGCGUUAUUGAGGAAGAACAAAAUUAUUGUUAUGGAUGAAGCAACGGCAAAUGUGGAUCACAAAACAGAUCAAUUAAUCCAGGAAACACUUCGCACGAAAUUUAAGCAUUGUACCGUGAUUACAGUUGCUCAUCGAUUGAACACAAUCAUGGAUUAUAAUCGAAUUUUGGUUCUGGAUCACGGAAGAGUUGUAGAGUAUGACAAACCAGAAAUUUUACUUCAGAAUGAAGGAGGAUAUUUUUCCAGACUUUGUCGUAACUAUGAUGAUAAUGCCGACCAUUAA